CGAAUAAUAUUUGUGUUUGCGACGCUGUAACCCAAUCCCUUAUAAUUAUAGCAGUCAAGCUCACAGAAUCAAGCAGUCAUUUACACCAGCUUCGAAUGCAACUUCAUUGCUGUAUGUUUCACUAGUGUUGGAGCAGAUUAAUAUUUUAUUUACCGAGGCCGAAAUCAAGCGGUUGCUACGGUGUUCAUCACUAACCCAAUCGUCCGGAAUUUCUCGCUGAGUCAGGAUUUUGAUUGUUUUUUUUCCGGAAAAUGGGGGAAAACCUGAAUUUGGCGAGGCUAAUUUUUGCUUAUUUGACCUGUUCGAUUUGUGUUUUCAAUGCAUGUGGGUGUUGAAUGUGAUUGUUCCGUGGAUAGGGAAUUCCAGUGGGUGGGAUUGGAGUGAAGGCUGGAGUUAGGGUUUGAAACCCUAUGGUUCAGGCGAUGGAUGAGGAAGAAAACAAAAUGGGUCUGAAAAGAGAGUCUAAACAUGUUGGAACCGCAGUUGAUUCGGGGGAUGAUGAGCCUAUUAGGACACUGUUAAAGCUCAAGGGGAGAAAGAACUCCAAGAGAAAUAGGGUGGCAGCAGAUGGCGGUGGACAAAAAAGUAAAAAGGUUGGGAAGAUGGAUGCUGAGGAUGAUGAAUCAGGUGGUAUGAAUGACACAUUGGCGAACUUCCGGAAAAAAUUGAGGGGUCCAAGAAAGGAGGGUGGAUCUGCAGUAGUUGCUGUGAAAGACUUGAGCAGCAAUGUGUCCGAGCCGCUGUGCCUGGCUCUUGAUGAGUCUGUGAAGGCCUGCAGAUCAGAUUCAAAUUUGACUUCUGAGGCAAAGAGAAGAUGUCUUGUAAGCAAUGAAGGUGAAUCUUCUGAGGAUGCAAUGGUUAUGGAGAGUACAAAGAGGAAGGCUAAAAGGAAAAAUAAGAGAUGCAAGGUCAAUUUAGAUGCAAAGAUAUUGGAAAACUCUGAAUCUAAUGAUUUGGGUUACAAUACAUCUAGGAUUGAUGCAUUGCAGCACAAGAAAGAGGAUGCUUCAGAGUUAAAGGGAGAAGUUUUUGAGGAUUCUCUGUCUGCCUACUUUCAGAAGGUGCAGUCAGGGAUGACUGCUAAGUCUCGUAAUUCUUCUAGAUUGAAACUGGCUAAGGUGUCAGAUGAUGGGACAUACUCCGGUCUUGGCUCAGAGGCUCUUGUUGAUGAAGCUCUUCCUACUUCAAAACUCGUCCAGGAAAUCCCUAUACCCGAUGACAAAUAUUGUGCAGCAAGUGAGCAAGGUUCGUUAAGACCAACCUUGAUUGAAAAGAGUGUAUAUGAUUGUUUACCAGAACACUUGAACUGUACCCUGGGGAAUCCAGCUGAUUCUAAGCAAGGGCGUAUUUCUAGUACACCAGAUUCCAAUAACAUAUGGAAAUCCACUGACAUUGAGGAGAAUUCAUCUCUUAAUGUUAUCCCAAAAACCUCAGCUUUAACCAGUGCCCUACCAUCUGCUUCAAGCUUGAGGACUGAAUUUGGGGGUGAUAAAACAAAAUCUGAAUUCAUCGAGGAGCAGUCUGUGUUGGAGAAUGUCCCUCAUAAUUCAAAAAAUUUCCUUGAUAGACAAAUUGAUGUAGUUAGCUGCGCAGAAGCUGAGGGUUUGGGCACGUUGACAUCCUUGUGUGGAGGCACAACUAGAACUAAUGAGGCUGUCAAACAAGAUAAAGUGCUUGAUUAUGGUUUGCCCCCAUCUACUUUCUACAAACCACAGAAGGAACAUCAUUCUGAAGAUCUGGAUGACCCAGUUACAGUCAUUGGUAAAUGCUGUGAAUUAGACCAUCAACCUUUGUUUUCACAAGGGGAAGAUGAUCAGGUGUCAGAAUGUCAGUCAUCGCCGGUGUCAGCUAGUGAAAACCAAACACUUGAAGUGGCUUUCCGGAAGCACAAUGAUGACUGCAAGGAAGUUAUUAUUGAAUCAGGACACACUUGUGAACCUUCUCAUGUUUUGCUUCAAGGUGAUUGCAAGCCAAACCGUGAUGUUCCUUCUGCAGGUGAAGAGAUUAAUGGAACCUCGUACUCAUCUAUUAUGCUUGAUCAUCAAGGAAAUUGUGCCAAUGAUAGUGCAUGCGAAGGUGAUCCGGAAACUAAGGAUGCUACUUUAUCUGUUGGUCAGCGAGUUGCUCGGAAUGCCAAAAAACAAAGGCACGGCGACAUGGCUUAUGAGGGUGAUAUUGAUUGGGAUAUUUUGAUUCAGAGUCAAGAGUUGUUUGGAAGCCAUAGAGUGGAUAAAACAAGAGAAAAGAUCAAUCCAUUAUCAACUGCAAUGGAUGCUGAAAGUGGAAAAGCAGCAGCUAUAUCUGCGGGGCUUAAAGCACGUGCAGUAGGCCCCCUUGAGAAAAUCAAAUUCAAGGAAAUUUUGAAACGCAAAGGUGGACUUCAGGAGUACUUGGAGUGCAGGAACCACAUAUUAAGUGUUUGGAACAAAGAUGUCAGCCGGGUUUUGCUGCUGACAGACUUUGGGGUGUCUGAUGCUCCUUUGGUUGCUGAAAGCCCACAUGCAUCUCUCAUGAGAGAGAUCUUUAUCUUUCUCGAUCAGUGUGGUUAUAUAAAUUUUGGAGUGACUUCUGUAAAGACAAAGCCAGGAAACUGCAUCAAGCAUGACUUGAAUGUUUUGACUGAGGAUGAGUUUGGAGAAAAUGCCGAGCUGUGCCAGCCUGAUUCAGAUGAAGGAGUUUCCUUUAUUUUUGGGAAGGAAAAUAGUCGGGAGACCUGCACAGGGGGAAAUGACGAGGAUGCAUCUGGGGAUGGAAACCUGAAAGGAAAAGUCAUGUCAGAAUAUGGGCUUGCAAAUAUUGAGGCCUUAGAAUCAUCUACCCCAUGUAUUCCGCAACAAAGUCUGCAAGAUGAUAGCCUAGGGACUAAUGCACUUGAUCCUAAACCCUCCAAUGAAGCUGCUACUUCAGAAUAUACGGGUCUGCCAUGUAAAGAUGAGAAUGCGGAAAAAAUCCCUUCUGUCCAUCCUAAUUUACAGUUUUCUAGUGAGUCAGGAUCUGCUAUACCUAUAAAGCUCCCGAAAGGCGGAUCUGCCAUUUCUUGUGAUUCCUUUAAUUUUGCAUAUAACCAUAGAUGUAAUAAAUCAGGACCUAAAAAAAAUGUAAUAGUUGUUGGAGCUGGUCCUGCUGGCUUAACUGCAGCGCGCCACUUGCAGCGCCAAGGUUUUAUUGUCACAGUCCUUGAGGCUAGGAGCAGGAUAGGGGGUCGUGUUUUUACUGAUCAUGCAUCUUUAAGUGUUCCUGUAGAUCUUGGAGCUAGCAUCAUUACAGGUGUAGAAGCAGACGUGACCUCAGAAAGAAGACCUGAUCCUUCUUCCUUGAUUUGUGCUCAGUUGGGACUUGAGUUGACAGUGUUAAACAGUGACUGCCCCCUAUAUGAUACUGUGACUGGUGAGAAAGUUCCUGCAGAUUUGGAUGAAGCACUGGAAGCAGAGUAUAAUAGCCUACUGGAUGAUAUGGAACUUCUGGCUGCUGAAAAGGGGGAACGUGCCAUGAAGAUGUCUCUCGAGGAGGGCUUAGAAUACAGCCUCAAGAGUCGGCAUAUGGCUUAUCAUGGAGAAGAUCAUGCGGAACUUAGACCCAUUAAAUCUCAAGAUAACUCUGUGGCUGCUGAAAGGAUUUCCACAGACGAUGAAAAUCCCAAUUCUCAGGCUUCUAAACUAAAGGGCAACAAUCCACUUGAAAGAAGAGUCAUGGAUUGGCAUUUUGCUCACUUAGAGUAUGGUUGCGCUGCUUUGCUUAAAGAAGUCUCACUUCCAAACUGGAAUCAGGAUGAUGUAUAUGGAGGGUUUGGUGGAGCUCAUUGUAUGAUAAAAGGUGGUUACAGCACUGUUGUUGAAUCUCUUGCAGAAGGAAUUUGCAUUCACUUGGACCAUGUUGUUACGGAUAUUACAUACAUCCCAAAGGACUGUCAGACAAAUAAUGAACUUCAGAAAAGAGUUAAAGUUUCUACGUCAAAUGGGAAUGAAUUUUCAGGAGAUGCAAUCCUGGUCACUGUACCACUUGGAUGCCUGAAAGCAGAAACAAUCAAAUUCUCACCACCACUACCUCAUUGGAAAUCUAUCUCUAUAAGGAGGCUGGGAUUUGGCGUCCUAAAUAAGGUGGUCAUGGAAUUUCCUGAAGUAUUUUGGGAUGAUAGUAUUGACUACUUUGGUGCCACUGCCGAAGUAUCAGAUCAACGUGGCAGAUGCUUUAUGUUCUGGAAUGUCAAGAAAACAGUUGGAGCACCUGUUCUGAUAGCUUUGCUUGUUGGUAAGGCCGCUAUUGAUGGACAGAAUAUUAAUUCUUCCGAUCAUGUUGGUCAUGCGGUGAGUGUUCUCCGAAAAUUAUUUGGUGAAGAUAAAGUUCCAGACCCAGUUGCCUCUGUAGUAACUGACUGGGGAAAAGACCCUUACAGCUAUGGUGCUUAUUCCUAUGUUGCCGUGGGUUCAUCUGGAGAAGACUAUGAUAUUUUGGGAAGGCCAGUCGAUAAUUGUUUAUUUUUUGCUGGUGAAGCAACAUGCAAGGAACAUCCUGACACUGUUGGUGGUGCAAUGAUGAGUGGGCUUCGAGAGGCUGUACGAAUAAUAGAUAUAUUGAAUGCAGGAACUGAUUACACUGCAGAAGCGGAGGCCAUGGAGGCUGCGAGAAGACACUCAGAUAUUGGAAGGAGUGAAAUAAAGGAUAUUGUCAAGCGGCUAGAUGCUUUAGAUUUCUCUAGUUCGUUGUAUAAGAAUUCUUUGGAUGAGUCCGAGAUAUCAACUUGGGGUUCAGUACUGAAGGAUAUGUUUUUCACUGCAAGAACUACAGCUGGGAGAUUACAUCUAGCUAAAGAGUUGUUAAAACUUCCUGUUCGGUUUUUGAAGACCUUCGCUAGCACUAAAGAAGGCCUCAGCACCCUUAACUCAUGGAUUCUGGAUUCAAUGGGAAAGGAUGGAACCCAGCUCUUGCGACAUUGUGUCCGUCUACUUGUACUCGUUUCAAAGGAUUUGCUUGCUGUUCGUUUGUCAGGUAUUGGAAAAACUGUGAAAGAGAAAGUUUGUGUACAUACCAGUCGUGAUAUACGCGCAAUAGCUAGCCAGCUUGUGAGCGUGUGGGUUGAACUUUUCCGUAAGGAGAAGUCUUCUAAAGGACUGAAAUUACUUAGGCAGUCUACGCUGGAUUCGAAGAGCAAAUCUCCUGUUGUUUCUGGAAAGCCACCACUCCGCAUACAUCAUACUGAUAGCAAGGCUUCCGGCCCUUCCACCAUAAGCACCAAGACACUGAUUGAUGAGCCUGUUCAACCAGGAACAAGAAUUAACCCAAAGUCAGAAGCUCAGCUCUCCAACUCUAAUGGUUCAAGCAGGAAUGUCAUGGACGAGGAAGGUGAUGUUAUAAUGUCUGAAGAAGAAAAGGCUGCCUUUGCUGCAGCAGAAGCUGCUCAUGCUGCAGCAAUUGCUGCUGCCAAGGCAUAUGCUGCUUCUGGUGCCAAGCAUAAUUCUUCGAUACAGGCUCCCAAAAUUCUCUCGUUUCACAAAUUUGCCAUGCGUGGGCAGCAUGGUAAUAUGGAUGAGUGUGACAGUAGAAAGAAUUGGUCUGGUGCUGCCAUAGGAAAACAAGAUUGCUUAUCUGAAAUAGAUUCUAGGAACUGCAGAGUGAGAGAUUGGUCAGUUGAUUUCUCUGCUACUGGUGUCAACCUUGAGAGUUCGAAAAUUUCGGUUGAUAAUCGUUCACAUCGGAGUCAUUCUAAUGAAAUUCCUAAUCAGUUGAACAUCCGAGAGCACUCUGGGGAAAGUGUAGCCGUAGAUAGCAGCAUACUGACAAAAGCAUGGGUGGAUAAUGCCGGUAGCGUAGGGAUUAAAGAUUACAGUGCUAUUGAAAGAUGGCAAUGCCAGGCAGCAGCUGCUAGUUCGGGCUUAUCUCAUGGGACAAUGCACAUAACAGAUGAGGAGGAUUCAAACAUGAGUUCAAAGAUGCAUACGUGGAAACAUGAUCGACUGGCAAAUGAGAGUUCUGCUUCUCAAGUUACAAUAAACAAGGAAUCUAAAAGGAACCAGCCUAGAGGAGCAGAGCGUAUAAAGCAGUCAGUUGUGGAUUAUGUGACUUCAUUGCUUAUGCCCCUCUAUAAAGCGAGGAAAGUUGAUAGGGAAGGUUACAAGUCAAUAAUGAAGAAAACGGCAACCAAGGUUAUGGAGCAGACUACGGAUGCUGAAAAAGCAAUGGCUGUUUCUGAAUUUCUUGAUUUCAAACGUAAAAAUAAGAUUCGUGCAUUUGUGGACAUGCUGAUUGAAAGGCACAUGACUAAGCCAGGUGCAAAGUCGGGAUCUUUUGACAAAGAUUAGUUGGUGCACUCGUACACAGGAUCGAGAAGCUGUCAAGCAGUCUCUUACAGCUUGUGGUUAAUCCCUAAAUGAAGCUCCAAUGGUUGAUGGUUCCUGUACUUGCAUCUGCCCUGAAUGUAUACAAAUCAUGGGAAAUAGCUAUUUUUGUUUGCCAUAAACGAUCAAAUCAUGACGACAUAGCAAACCCCUCAAAAGUUGGAUGUGUGUCGUCUGGAUCUUAUAUACAAAUUUUCAUCCUCCAAUUGGAAAGUUGAUCUAGAAUUGCUUUUUUGGAAUUUAUUUAUCAUUCUUUUAACUUGUAUUUUAUGGGUAGAAGCUGAUGACCCCUAACCAUUUUCUUCAGGCUUAGAAGAGAAAUGAAUUGUUUUGUUACUUAUGUUGUACAGCUUAGAAUUAUUUUCAUGGAAACAAGUAUACAGGAUCUGUCAGUAGCAUAGCUUGCUUAUGUCUUGGCUAGUUUUUGUUUAAUUGCUCAACAAAUGUAUAUGCUUGUGCUUUUUUAAUGGUUAAAUUCUUCUUGUUUCCUUGUGAUGUACAGAAGAUAACUCUAAUAAUAAGAAUGUCCUUGUUGCUCUUAUUUGUCUUAAUAUUUUGAAGUUCAAGAUUCAGUGCUUGGAAAAGAUCACAAUCAAGCUUUCCCCCCUUCGUUUAAAGGUCAUACGUGUAGAAGGUAAUGUGUUUGUUGAUUUAAAUAAUAAUUAUGUUAUUUGCUGGUAGAGGGUUCGAUUGCAUGUAUAUUUAGGUGAGUUCAGUUGUUACUACCUCUAAAUACUUCCAUGAUAGUUAAUUGGAAAAACACAUUUUUUGUUCCCAAUACUUCUGCUUUUUUGUCAUUUCUCCCCAUUACUUUAAUUUCUACAGUGUUUCUCCCUGUGCUUUCAUAAUUUGCAUCCUGUUCCCCUUGUACUCUAGUUUCUAUAUCUUCUAUUAUAUUUUACCCUCUGUUUUCCUGGAUGUUGCCUUGUGUAAUUCCAUUCCUAUGCGUUUUAUAAGUACAAGAAUCCAAUAUGUCUGGGUCCUAUUAAAUAUUGAUAAAAUGCAUUUUGUAUUUGCCAAGAAACCUUGUCUCUAAACAUGUUAACAAUUUGUAGUAUUUUCUUAUUGUAAAAUAUAUGAGGAAUUUGUUUAAGUUGUGUUUGUUGUGUCAAUAUUAGCACAAGAACCUUUUCCUUUCUCCAGGCAAGUUCCCACUCAGGACCAAGGAAGGUAAGGAUUCCGAAAACAUUGAAGUAUUUGAAUUUCACUGUCAUUCUUCUUUGAUGUUCUGCUGAAACAUAAAUUGAUGCAGUUUUGACAUUUUGCCUGCAGGUAUUAUGGUCAUAAAUUCCUACCUGAAUUGGAUCACUGGAUGUGGUAGUCAUCUGACUCUCUUUACGACUACUAAAUUUAUAGGAACUGGAAUUGUUUGAAAACCUACAUGGCUUCUUCAUUCAGGUAACUAACCAUAAAUUCGUACUCACCCUUUCACAUCUAGCAAGUCAGCAUACUUAUCAUAUCCUAUUGCAGAAAGUUGUUAUACCUGUCUUAUUCUGUUCAAAAAAAUGUUUCAUAGAAGCCAAUGGUAAUUAUUCAUUGUUUGGCAAGAUCAAUUGUGUGAUGGAGUGAAGUUUGUUCGUGGUUCUCCUGCAUAUGGUUCAUCCAGGAAACACAAUGAGCUCAAGAAGUUGGUAAGUAUGAGAGCAUACUGGAAGUCAAGUCUCAUAUUUCUGCUCUUGACUUCAUGGGCUUGUGAUAGAAAUUGGGAUGCUGUUAUCUGCUAGAAGAAGAUCCAUGCUUUCAUUUACAGGUACAAGUGCUCACAGCACUAGAUCAUAAAUACUCAGUGAGAUCAUUAUUAUACAGAAAUAUGGCAUUAUUUAAGGCUUUCGCUCAAAGUUCCAUUUAUUUUAAACUUUAUUCGGGUAUGGAUAAUAUAUAAUUGAUAUAAAUUUGGAACUUGUCCCAUGCUUGGGAGAAAUAGCUCACUUAGUAAUGAGUCAACUGUGACUUCUCCCUGUGGUUUAUUAGGUGCAAGAAAGGAUUGAUUAUAUUGCAGGUUGUAUGGUGCAAUUCUUGCAUAAAAUCUACCUUGUUUAGGUAGAUGGAAGGGCGAGGAACAGCAAGCAGUUGAAAACAGAGAACUCGUUUUCAUAUCUACUGGAAUUGUGGAUUUAUAACCACAUUUUUUAUCUGCGUAUCUCACUACUGUUUGCAAGGUUCUUCAUGAGAUUCUCCUCUUUGGCUUUUGAGAAUUAAAGAGUUUAGUCUGCCAUUGAGGUCUGUGUGGUUUUACUGGAUUAUUCAAAUCAUAUUGAGUGUUGUUUGGAUCAGCAGGUCCUUUUCAUUUCUCGAUUUGGUUUUAUCUAGUUGUGUCUAUCUGUAUUGGUUAAUUGUUGUAGAUUUAGUUCAAGUUACAAUGCAAUCUUUGCUUUUCUUUCGAUUUAAGACUAUCAAUUUUUUUUA